GAGGAGCAGCAGCGCCAAAGGCAAGAAGAACAGGAGCAGCAGCGUCAAGGCAAGAACAGGAGCAGCAGCGUCAAAGGCAGCAGGAGCAGCAGCGUCAAAGACAACAGGAGCAGCAGCAGCGUUUGCAUCAGCAGCAGCAGCAGCGAGGACAGCUGGAGCAAGAGAUGCUGAACCAGUGCAGAGGCGCCAGGAAAUCGACCAGGAAGUCAGUCAUCUGGAGGCCGAGUCUGCGCUGCUCGAGAGAGGCCCGCCGUGUCCGGGAGAGGAUCCAGCAGCUCACCGAGGAGCGUGAUCACAUCACGCGGCGUCUGAGCGGCGGAGCGGGCCCCUCUUCGGCCAGACAGGCGGAGGUCCAGCCGUCGCGAGUUCAGGACCGUCCCAGCUCUGCCGGCCAGCGGCACCAGCCGUACCCCCAGCAGCGGCCCGGUCCGGCGGCCAGCGCUGGCCAUCCGUCGCUGGUCGCCCCGGCGGCGUUCAGACCGGUACCGAGCGGCCAGGCCAACCCCGCUCCGGCCGUCAACGGCUCGGGCGCUGCUGCACGCGCGCUGAAUGCCGAGAUGAUCAACUUGCUGCUGCAGCAGCACGAGAUGCGCACCACCCUGCUGAGCCAGCGUUUGGGCAUGCUGCCCUUCCCAUUGCCUCUGUCUCCGUCUCCGCCCAUGGAUGAGUUGGACCUUCGCGUGCCGCCGCCGGGCUCUCUUCACCCCUCUCUGCUGCAGGCGCACCGCAGGUCGGCUCCGCUGCCCGGCGAGCAGCCGCCCCGUGUCCCAGCUGUUCCGCCGCUGCAUCAGGAACUGCUGCGGGCUCCGGAGGCGCGGCUGCCGCAGCUCCAGAUGCCCCGCCAGUCGCCCGUCCAGCGGCCCAGCAGUCACGGCGCUCCGCAGCAGCUCGACGCGAGCCUGGUGGAGAGCGAGCUGCUGCGCCGUCUGCGCCAGGUCUGCGGCGGCUGCGGCCGGGCGCCGACCGACUGUUAUUGUGAUAGCUCGCCCGUGGAUCUGACCAGAGCACCUGUCAACAAACGUAGUCACUGAUCUGGUGAUAGGAUACAAAUGUCUUCAGGACACCACCGAUAAGUAAGUUUAUUUACAUCGACAGCCAAGGGAAGAGACAACCUUGGUCAGGGAAUCAAGUUGUCAACCUUUGCGCAAAAGGAUACAAGUGUCUAAAAGACACAUCUGAUAGGUCAUUUACGUUCGACGACAAGGAGAAUGAACAUCAUUUGUCAACUUACGUUGACAAAUUGACAGAUUUCACCAUUUUCACCCUUUCAUCAUUUCACCAUGUCAUCAUUCAUGCAUUGUCUUGCAUUUGAUGUAUUGUAAUUGUAUUUGUUUGUGUUGUGUUUUGUUUUAUGCAUUUCCAGUGUAAUUUAUUGCAUUUUUAUGUCUCUUGUAUUGCUAUGUUGUGUUUUGUCAGAUCUGUGCAUUGUGUUGUACAAUACGUUGUAUUGUAUUAUUGUGCGAUACAAUGAACAGAUAGGAUUGUAUUGUAUUGUAAAUAGUAUUGUAUUACAUUGAACUCUGGUCGGCCAGACCGUAAAGUUGCUAAUCGAGCAAUAGAAUAGCAAUAAUUUUGUGAGUAAGUUAUGUAGUUUUGUCCAGACGUUGAUAGGGUGAGGGAAGGGGAUUACUAGCCGUGGAGGCUAGAGUCACGUAGAGGCUGCUAGUGUAGUUUGUUGUUGUCAUGCCACGUCAUACCACCUGUCAUCCCGGCGGCGCGCUGCCGGGUUGAAAGGCGACUGCUUAUCGCUUUUCAUGUUAGACUUAGUGUUGAUAGAUUUAGUUAACCAUUUGCUUGUCAUCAAUGUUUUUGUUUCACUCGUAGAUGUUUGCUAGUGUUGUGUAGUGAAAGUGAGCUCAGGUGAUGGCUUAUGUACAUUGCACCUGACCGAUGCUUAGCCAUGACGAAGUGAUUGUAUUGUUCCCCGACGUCCCCUCCCCCCCCCAAAAAAAAAAACUUCAAAAACGCUCAGAAAAUGACAUUUCGGCUUUCACCGAUCAAUAAAAACUACAAAAUGUCUUCUGUAUGUUUUAUUUACUUACAAAGAGCAGCCAUAAGGUUGAAACAGACUCUUUCCGCAGGCAGAAAAUUGCAUGCGAGAGCCUAUUCAAAUACAUUAACUCACGCUCGCAUCAAUCGAACGCACCUCCCGCAUGCGAUUGAUGCGGGAAGCAUAAUAAUGUACUAGAAUAGACUUUCGCAUGCGAUUUCCUGACUGCGGAAAUAAUCUAUUUCAGCCUAGUGUGAUAACUGCCUCAACA